AGACAUCUUAUAGUAUGGAGUUAGAGCUCAAUGUGGGGAAUGUGUUGAAGUUGGUGAAGGAGAUAUUAGUGGGGUGGAUUAACUCGAUUCUUUACUACCACAAGGUUUAUCCCGAAUACAUCUUCGAGCCUUUCCGGUCGCUAAAUAUGGUUGUCUAUCGGUCAAGGUCCAAGAUGCUAAACGAGUACAUCGAUGACUUUAUCAAUAGGUUCAGUAAAUUACUCAUUACUUCCAAUCAAAUCAGUGAACUAACGCUCCUUCUUUUCAAUAAGGACAAAAUCUACUACAGAUACUGUAUCAGGUUUGAUGAGUUCAUCAAGUUGUCUGCUAAAAUCUCCGAGGAUGAGAGCAGAAGUGCAGCCAUAGACAUAGACGGGUUCACCUGGGAUGAAAUCUAUAAGCAGGCAAACGCGUUUCUAUUCCAUCAUCUACAACACCUCAAGAGUGUCAUGGCACUCAUGGAAUUGGAGUUCAAGCUUCUCAUUACCUCGAGCCUCAACUUGAAUCAAGAUGAAAAUUGGGUGUACAACUCCAAACCCUCUCAUCUCACCAACUUGAAAGCACUUGAAGAAGUGAGUGUUGGGUUCCUUAACUUCAAUGCCUAUGUAGAGUAUCACGACAUAUAAUUAAUGAGCUUUAUGAAUUAUUUACUAUAUACAUAUCUGGAAACUUUUCACUUGUUGGUCUCCAACUCAAAUAUGUUCUUCAAGUUCUCAUACAUGAAAUAACUAAUGGCCACCGCAGGAGCAACCUUAGCCAAAUUAGGUACAAGCCCUUUGAAUAACCCGGGAUAUCCUUCGUUUUGAAUGGUUUUUUGAAGCACAUCUCUGAAUCCAUCAUAUCUAUAAGGAUGGGCAUAAGUGCCUUGAGCUUGUAAUCUUGUUCUUAACAAGUUGACGGGGUAAACCAUAGUAGCCCCAAACGAUCCAGACAAUGCCCCUAAUCCCAACACCAUGUAGUUGGGUAACUUGACAUCUUCUUCGUGCUUGAUACCAUACUUUGUCAUCUGUCUCUUCACCAACCAUUUCUUGAUGGUGGUAAAAGUCCCCAAAUCCAAUGCCGCAUAUGGGAAUAUACCUGCAACUCCAACGAAUAUCCCCCGGUAGAAAAUACGCAAUCCUCCUUCCCGGAACAAAUCUUUGGCAGUGUUGAACAAGCUGACAUUUGCAUCGAUAUUUGAACAUUGGAGCCUAAACUUCAAAGUAUCAAUGGGGUAUACUGUGAACUGUGCAACCACACCUCCCAAACCACCUGCCAAAUACGUCGACACUUUGGACAAAUCCUUAGUGUCUUCGACUCCUUCCACCGUGGCCAAGAGCCUUUUGGUGAAUUCAAAAGUCCCGAAUUUCAUGGCAGACUCAGGAAACACUUUAAAAAUGUUCAACCCAUUCCCAACAUAAAAGCCUUUGAAUCCUCCUUGUUUCCAGAUCGUUCUAGCUGCUUGGAUGAUUGGCGACCUGAUUGUCUUAUGAUGGAGGUGAGCUUCAGCCUUUUUGGCUUCUUCAAUCACCGUGCGAUGGCUGAUUCUCUCUUCUAUUACUUUACGAGGAGUCAACACCGUCGAUGCCAAGUCGGUUCUUGCGAUCAAGAAUACCUUUAUCCUGUCGAAGGGAGCAGUGCAUGUUCUCGAAACAACGCCCGAAAUACCUCCGGCCAAAAAGUACCCGAACCCAUUUAAAAAUUGAUUAAUGACCGUAACAUCACCAUCUGAUGAUAUGUCCAACUCUUCCACGAUAUACUGGAACGCUGUCUUGAUUCUUG